AAAGUAUAUCUUAUAAGAUAUGCUAUUUAUUUAAUAAAUUAUUCAUUAAUUAGUUAAUUUUAUUGGAUUCAAAUUAGUUUGAAAAUUUUUAGUUUAUAAAAAAUUUAAAAUGAUUCAAAAAAGACACACACAGAUUUUCUUCAAGUUGGAUUUUUUUAAACGUUUUCUGUCAUGUGAUUACACAUGGAAAAAUUACGAUGUCAGUAGAAGAGAAGAUUUCUCCAAGGUGUCUGAUGACGAUAUUUCAUAUUUUAAAGACUUACUACCUAACCGAGUGAUAACUGAUGAAAAUGAGCUGGAAAUGUACAAUACUGAUUGGCUAAAGUUAGUAAGAGGAAUGAGUAAAGUAUUAUUAAGACCAAAAACAACUGAGGAGGUUUCAAAUAUUGUUAAAUACUGCAAUAAACGCACGCUGGCAUUGUGUCCCCAGGGUGGAAAUACAGGACUUGUUGGUGGAAGUGUCCCUGUAUUUGAUGAAAUCAUCUUGUCUUUUUCUCUCAUGAACCAAGUCAAGAGUAUUGAUCCUGUUUCAGGUACUGUUGUGUGUCAAUCUGGUGUAGUUCUGGAACAAUUAGAUAACUGUUUGUAUGAGCAUGGACUAAUGGUCCCUUUAGAUCUUGGUGCAAAAGGAAGCUGUUUUAUUGGUGGCAAUGUUUCUACAAAUGCAGGUGGGCUUCGCUUCUUGAGAUAUGGGUCAUUGCAUUCCUCUGUCCUUGGUGUUGAAGCUGUGUUGGCUGAUGGGACAAUUUUAGAUUGUUUAUCAACUCUCAAAAAAGAUAAUACCGGAUAUGAUCUUAAGCAGUUAUUUAUUGGAUCUGAGGGUACGUUAGGAUUAGUUACUGGUGUCUCAUUAGCUUGUCCACCCAGACCAAAGUCUGUUAAUCUUGCCUUGUUGGGUAUUAAUUCCUUUGAAGAAAUUCAAAAUGUUUAUCUAGCUGCCAAGUCAAUGUUGGGAGAAAUACUUUCAGCUUUUGAAUUUUUUGAUCAAUCAUGUGCGUUAUCUGUCCAUGAAAAUUUGAAAUUAAGAAUUCCGAUAUCAGAAUAUCCAUUUUAUGUUCUCGUGGAAACAUCAGGUUCUAGUUUUGAACAUGAUACAGAGAAAUUAAAUACAUUUUUGGAUUAUAUAAUGGAUAAAAAAAUUGUUUUAGAUGGAACGUUAGCCACUGAACCUUCUAAGAUUAAAGAGUUGUGGGAGAUACGCGAAAAUAUUGCUGUAGCUUUACUUCUUGAUGGAGAUGGUUGUUUUAAGUAUGAUAUAUCUCUUCCAGUGAAUUCAUUGUACAAUAUUGUAAAUAUACUUAAAGAAAAGUUUUCAAAUCGUACAAAGAGAAUAGUUGGAUAUGGUCAUUUUGGAGAUGGAAAUCUCCAUUUAAAUGUUGUGGCGCCUACUUAUGACAAAGAGUUAUUGUCACAAAUUGAACCUAUCAUUUUUGAAUACACAGCUUCACACAAAGGAAGUAUCAGUGCAGAACACGGAAUUGGGUUUAAAAAGUCAAAGCAUAUGCAUUAUUCACGAUCAAAUGAUGCAAUAACAUUGAUGCGUAAUUUAAAAAACUUAAUGGAUCCAAAAGGAAUUUUUAAUCCAUAUAAAGUGAUUCCCAAAUAAUGAUGGUAAAGUGACAGUAUAUUUAAUACUGGAAAUAUAAAUGUGAAUUUUAA